AUGUUGCCGGCUACUUCUGUUCUCGGAACAGUAUCCCAGGCAGUACCGGCGGCCAUGUCGCAUGUGCAUCGUAUAUCGGUGGGCUGGCAUAUGAGAACCAGGCUUUAGCCUGAGAAAACAGCCGGCUUUAGCCUGUUCCCAGCGUUCAGAUUGUGGGCAUGGUGCAAAGAGAUGUGUGCAGGAUAAACGGUAUCUGUACCGGCCGGCUAUCCUACUUUUAACGAACGACGCCAAUUCUGGUUUCCCCGCUGUCAGUAUACGACGUCAUCCUCCGUCAUCAUGUUUAUUAAUAUACGGUAAUACAAACAUCAGGCACUGUAAAAUAAGAAAAAAAUAUUGCCAUCCGUAUGAAAAUAAAAGAAAGAAAAAAAAUCUCUUAACAGAAAAAAAAAACAACAACAAAAAAGUCAAGAACAGACUGUAGUCCUGUUUACUUGCGUGACCCAUCCAUUCUAGUGUGUGGUGUGACGAAUUGGUGUGACGAGUCGUGUGACGAUUCUUGUCGACUAGUUACCAAUCUCUUAGCAUCUCCGCCUGGCAUAACAGUUCAGCUGGUCGUUCAGCUGUAUUCGAGUUUGGUACCGUUCAUUCACAGUUCAUACACUAAAAUUAUGGGAAUUCUAGCAAGUCGAGGCAUCGAAUAUGAAGACAGUUAUCGUUCCUUCUCUGAGAAAGAGCGUCAACAGCUUCUGUCGCUUUUUGAACGGCUUGCUACGGAGAAUGAGCAUGGUAUUAUGAAAAUAGAGUUUGAACCUUUUAAGGUGAGUUUGAUUUUAUGAUGAACAAGAGAGAACGAUCAGUUGUUCGAUCGACAGAAUUUUGUGUCCAGUAUUUCUGAACGAUGAAAGGAAACAUGAAACUGCAAUUUUGACACUGUUCAAAGUUUCCAGUAGCGCGCAUGCAGGUGUCAAUUCAAAACCCAUGGGAUUGUGUUCACCUUCGAUAAAAACCAGCUGCUUCUCUCUGUUGUCUGACAGUUUUCUUUGUACCUUUUAAUGGUUAUCUUUUGUCGUUUCCUGUUUAACACUACCGCGAAUUGAUUCAACCUUUUUCCCCGGCCCAGGGAUGUCCUUAUUAGAUCUAUAGUUGGCUUGACUUAUGUCUCACUCAGUGCCGGGGGAAAUUUGACAGCAUAUAUAAAUAGCUGAGUUAAAGGAAACAAAUGAUAUGUGCAAACAAUACAGCCUUACGAAAACCCUAAUUAAUGCUCAAAAUUAUGUGAAUAAUUAUGAAAAUACUUCUUGCUCUUGGAUCUCUGGUGCAGGAUGGCUUUGCAGAUACUGACAGCCUAAAAUAACCCAGUGGUAUCAAUAAUGGAGAAUUUUAUAUUUGUAUCAGUGACAUUUUAAGGAUUUUUUGUUGCAUAAUUAUUAAAGUGGUACAAAUGCCCAGUAUUUUGGAUAUCAAUAAUGGAGAACCCUUUUUAUAUUUGUUAAUGGCAUGAAAAGGAAAACUUUAUUUCCUCUUUGUAACAUUUGUAUAGCAUCAAGCAUAAAAUAACAUAAGUUUUAAAAAAAAAAAAAAAAUGUCGGAUAAUACAAAUGUCUAAGGACCACACCAAACAGAAACAAAAGGGUCAGAAAAGAUACCCUUCAAAAACCAUACCCUAUUCCGCGGGCCAAAACCCCAUAAAUAGAAAUGGCCUUUGGGCCAAAACCCUUACAUGGCAUACUUGUAACACUGUGUGUUAUUCGUAUACUAAGGAAAUCUUAAUUAUUUGCCUACUGUGGGCACGCAAGUGAGUGUCAGGAGUUAGAGCAUGCUAAUGACUUGUGAUCAUUUACAGAAAAUGUACAUUUUCAAACAUAAGAUAAUCUGCCUCUUAUUGUCAUCAAAAAACCAGACUGCCAGAUUGAAAUAAGUUAGUAAUAAGUCAGUGAAAAUUACAUUCGUCACACUCACCUCUGUUUUCACCAAUGCAGUUCCCCACCACCCAAUAAAACCAUCAUAAAACAAAAUGAUUUAUUUAUUUUUAUUAUUGCAGGAACAUGUAGCAUGGCUUCUGCCAGAGCCGAUUACUAUCCGUUUCUUCAAGGAAAUGGACAAAAUUCAACAAGCUCGUAGAGCUUUGAAAAAUCCCUUGCCGAGUGGUCAAGUAGCAAAAGUGGCUUUUUUUGUUUCCAUGUCACAUGUUUUCAAACAAAGCAGGGAAGAAAAGGCACACAUUUUUUACUACUUAUCUGCUGAUGUUGAUCAAGUUGUAACUAGUGUAGAGGUAGAAGAUCUUUGUAAAAUUCUUUUGGAGUGCUAUGUAACUGCAUUAAAAAAGACAAUACUUGGUUCAAAAUGGAAACUGAUGACAAACCCUGAGGCAAAUCAUAGGUUUGCAAAGAAUGCAGUCAAGGAUCUUCUAGGCAAGAAAGCUGAUCCCAGCUGUGUUGCACUUGAGGAAUUUCUUCCCUGGUUUAAUAAGUUUCCCAUUAUAGAGAAUUUGUUUCUGGCUGUGAUGAGGGCUUGUUUUUUGGAUGUGGAGAGUCUUGUGGAAGAGCAGCCUCAUGGACUGGUAGAAGGAUGUGAGGAGACUGUUGCUCAUGUUCAAUAUGACAGGUCAGUCAAAUUUGCUCAUCUACUGUUUACUAUACGUUACGCUGAUGUUGGUUGUUAAGUAAACCAAACUUGAUACUUUUUAAAUGUGGCCAAGGUAAUUUCGGCAAAGUUAACCUUGAAGCAAAUGCUGGUCAGCAGUUUUCCCAGCUAUGAUGGGGGUGGCCCGAUGCCUCCAGCAGGGGCAGCAAGGGCGCUUUGUGACCUGUAUACACAGUUCCUUGCUUGCAGUUCUUUGCAAAGUGUAUUCGCUAUAGCCUUGUUACUUGCUUGCCAUUUUUGUUCUGUGUUUUUCCCAACCCUCCCUUCUCUCUUUAGUUCAGGGCCAAGUAUUACUAAAUAUUGGUUGGUAAGUAUUCCACUGAACAGUUCAAUGUGACAGUGCCUGGUGGGGGCUGCUUGCAGGGUUGCCAUGGAUAUCUCCUUCCUCGUGCUAGAGCAUUGCCCAGCUCCACCAACUUUGUAGGCACCAGCACCCAAGCUCAUCUUUUGAUGAUGAGUUUAAUUAAUGAUAAUGAAUUAAUCACAAACUGGUAAAUUACUAAAAUUAAUUCAGUCAUUGUUUACUACAAUCAAUUAAUGGAGUGGAGAAGUUGUUACAUCACGUUGCCAUGGUAGCAAAAUUUCUGGAUGACAACAAGCCAAAACAUCACUUAAAAAGUGGAUUUACACUGUUUCAAACUUUAUCGAUCUUAUUUAAUUUCAUUUAAUUUGUCAAAUGUUGACAAAAUUUAUGUGGGAUAAAUUAGAAAGGACCAUUGUGUCUAUUAAGUUUAAAAAAAGAAAAAGAAAAUUUUUGUGUUGUGCUCACCUACUCCAUAAAGUGGGCACGUGAAAUUAGGACAUUUCAUUUCGUAGUCAUGCAACAAGGGCUUAGAAAUGUACAAAAAAACAUGAGGCAUGUGCAAAGUUUUUUUUGCCAAUCUUAACCUAUUCUUUUUUUUGCUAUUCACCAUUGCCGUUGCAAAAACUUCCUGUUUUUGUGAUCUAGAAAUGUUGCUACCAUAGUAAUGUGACGUCACACUUUUCCUCUCUAUAAGACAGAAGUUUUAAGCUUGUCAUUUAAUGACAAAGAUGAUUUUUCAGUCAUCAGUGAGACAGGUGGCUUGGAAGAAAAACUCCAAGUCCUUCCAAAUUGGGAGUCGAACCUAUGACCUUCUGGUUACUAGUCCAGAUUCUGUACCACUAAGCUACUGGAGACUCGUGAGAGCCAAGGCCAAUAAACUAGGUUCAUGUGACAAACACUGCGUACUGCUUGGACUAGGACUUCCAGCUGUCACAAAAAUUGGUUUAGACAUCGAGAAAUAUUGAGUGACAUUUACAGCAAACAGCAAACAUCAGCUUGAAGCUGAAAAUUUCUCAGAAUAGAAAAUGUGCAGCUAAAAAACAGUCCAAACCAAUUGCUCUAGACAAACUAGCUUACUGGAGUCUACCAAUUUGGGGUAAAUAGGAGUUAUAAACAGUAAGGCACAAGUCAAGGGAAAACUUGGUCAUGUGGUACAAUUUCACGUUUGCUGUUUGCUGUAAAUGUGACUCUAAAGGUCAAAUGUAUUUAAAAAAUGGUUUUUGUUUGAUUAUUAUAAUUUGAUUUUAAAAUUUACUAAUUUUUAGGUCACACAUUAUGAUGCCGUGUAAAUUUGAAGCUGACUUUGAUAAAAUUGAUCCACUCUUGGAGGUUCCAUCCAUUAUAAUGAUAAACCAUCACCUGCCAGCAGCAUUGCAGCAUCAGUGGCGACUCUUGUUUUCAACCCAAAUUCAUGGUGAAAGCUUCAGCUCAUUUAUUCACCAAAUCAGUAAUCAAGGUCCUGUGCUCAUAGUUGUCAGAGAUACAAAUGGAGGUAUCUUUGGAGGGUUUGCUUCAGAGAGUUGGACCAUCAAGUCUCAUUUUGUAGGUAUGCAUAUUACAUUGAAGUUAUUGUAACAUGCUUGUUGCAUAGGAAUGUUGCUGGAGGCACUUAAAUCUUGUGUUAUUUUGGUCAGGAAGUUUUGAAUGACAACCAUGAUAAAGUUAAUUAAGAUUAAUGUAAUUUUGUUAUAAUAUGUUAUUGUAACCUUUUCUGUCCUAGAAUUACUAAUCAAGACGUGAUGGGUUUCUAACUAAUGAGUAGCAGAUAAAAUCCUUUUAAAGUUAUGAUAUUUAGCGAACUUAUUUGACACUACUUUAACCCAUUCGCUCCUUGAGAUUUUGCCGAAAAACGUGUUUUGAAGCUAGUCGAGUGGUUUUCUGGUCACUGUCGUGUUAUAAAGAGCUAAAACUUACCACAAGCCAGUCUACAACAUCCAGAUGCAAAAUAUCAGCUUGGGAUCAACGAUUUUGUUUUUGGGUUUAAAAGUCACAUGCUUUUUACUUUUUCGUCUCUCCUCCCCUCUUUUUUCGCUUUUCUUGCCUCAUUUUGUUUUUCUCUUGCUGGGCAUUUAGUAGGCUUUGUUUUGGUGGGAAGAGUUUUUAGGAAAGCUUUUAGGAUCUUAGGAUUAGGUGAAAGGAAAGGUAGGUGAGCAAUGGAACAAGAUUUUCAUGGAGAUUUUCAGGUCAAUGUCACAUGGUUUUUUGCUUGUUUCUUUGGUGUCCUUGACUGAAUUGUGCUUAUUCUGGUAUGGUUUGAAAGAUCUCUUCACUCUGCACAAGUUAGUGGACAAAGUUGUCCUUGACCGUUAAAACUGAUGACGUCACAAAGGGUAGAAAGGACGCGGAUCCGCAGGGGCGGUUACAGGCAGUUCAGGGGCAAAUGUGUUAACAUGGGAUCAACAGUUUUAUAUCCAUGCAGUCUGUCACACAGCAAGAAAUCACUGACCUUCCUUUUUUUUAAUUUCCUGCUCUAGAAAAUUUGCUUGGUCAUUUCUCCUGACAGCAUUUGCAUGUUCAAGUUCUCUGAAGUUCAUUUCUUAAAAACUGCCUGUUUUAAUCCACCUUUAGGUGACAGCCAUUGUUUCUUGUUCAGUGUGAAGCCAACGAUGGGUGUUUAUCAGCCAACUGGCUACAAUGAGAACUACAUGUAUCUUAACAUGGGCAUGCAGACUAUGCCAAAUGGUUUGGUAAGGAGUAAUGAAUUUGGUACAAUUCUAUUAACAGUGCCCCCUCCCCCCCUCCCCACCCUUGUUGGGUACAUUUGUUAGAGUAUGGGUGGGAAGUGUGUUUUUGCUCCCUUUGUUAUAUCAAAAAUACAAGUGUUAUUAGGCACAUUUGGCACUAUUUUAGGAUCACACUAGAAAUGGAAGCAAUCAUCGUUUCUGUAUCCCGAUCAUAAUUAGCCUCCCCGCAGACGUCCUUUGGGGUUCGUUUGUCACGCAUUCAUUUCUCCCCAUCCGUGGGGAUGAUUAGAACCCCAUUCUCGCUUUCCUUUUUAGAACCCCAUUUAUCACUUUCCUUUUUCCCCUCCCAAUUCCCGCCCUUUUAUAUGAGAUAAAAUCCGGGUCACGAAAAGCCUGAUGAAUUGGUCUUCCCUUGAAGACAAACUAUAAAAAGUGUCAAAAGUACCAGCCAUGAGAUUAUAACCUUCUCCGCCGAUAUAUUUUUUUUUCACAGGGUAUGGGAGGUCAGUUAAAUUAUUUUGGCUUAUGGUUGGACGAAAACUUCGGUUCAGGGCACAGUCGCGGACAGCCUUCCUGCACAACAUAUGGCAGCCCUCAGCUUUCAUCAGAAGAAGAGUUUAAGAUUGACAGACUUGAGGCCUGGGGUGUGGGUGUGCCUCCGGAGAACUUGGUAAGCCUGUGCCGUCUUUCUCUCGAUUCUGACUCGAGUAAUUACAAUUUCAUAAUGUUUCAAAUGUGUGGACGCUUCUGUUCGUAUCUGGUGGCGAAAUAGGCUCCGUCUAUACGGAAAAAGUUGUCCCAGGUAAAAAGUUGACCCUAACCCUAACCCGCCUACCCGAGCUACCCCGGGUGAUCCAACUUUUCAUGCUUUUCCUUACAAAACUUGGCGAACGGAUUACAUGAGAAACAAAAAGUUGGCUCGGCGUUUCUAUGUUACGGUCAAACUCCUGGUCGGGCCAACUCUUCUCCAUAUAAACACUAGGGACCUUAAGAUGAGACGACGGCGACGGCAACGAGAACUUCAUAAAACUAAAAAGCAAUAGGUUAAUUUAAUAAGCAAAACAACAACUUUGCACGUGCAUCACACUUUUUUGUACAUUUCUUUGCCGUUUGUGCACUUUCUUCACUUGUAUAAGGCUCUUAGACUUCAACUCCAGAAGAGUUCGCGUACUUUCGACAAAGUAAGCGAGAUGGAAUAAUCGCGAUGAAGAUUGAAAAACCGCAAAUUCACUUUUUAAGCGACGUUUUACCUGCUUUCGCCGUCCUCGCAUCUUAAGGUCCAUAUUUUGGCUCGCCCAGCCCGGUCAACUCGGUCAAGGCGAGACAACCAGAGCAUGCGCCAGCUCUGUUGGCUCGGUCAACUUUUUCUGAUAUUUUAAAAGCUCCUUAAAGUUGACUCGGCUGCGAGUGUGACCCACUUUCCGCGCGGGACAACUUUUCGUCAUAUAAACAGGGCCUUAACUUACGAUACUAACGACUAUAUACCUUAGUGUAGUAAGUUCUACUAACCAUGACAAUCUCGGUUCUAACUCUUGCAAGUAUUUUCCUUGAUACUUCACUUGGACUUUGCGGCGCUUGAAACUUGUUCUCAUCGAGUGAAACUGUUUUAUUUUUUUUUUGCCUUUAAACAGCUAGAGAAAAAGAGCGUUCUGGACACAGAGGUUGAAGCCAAAGCGUUUUUGGAGGUCAUGGGGAAAAAGAUACACAGCGAAGGCUACAGAGAACCUGCAGACAUAGACUAAAAAUUGGCUCUAAGUUUGCGUUAAUAUUACUACGAUAGAUGUACCUCCAUAGUUGCAACUAAAAUCUGUGAAGUCUUUCUCUCUUUUUAUAUCUUUUAUUUUCCUAGGCUCUUAUUGUGUAGACUUCUUUGUGUUUUUUGUUUGUUUUACGACACCCUUGAAUGUUGCCGGUUUUUACACCGUGGAUGAACCUGUUCAAUGUCACUUUUAGUCCCUACGUUUAUUUACUGUAAAUAUCAGUAGGCUCAGUCUUUAACUUUGCUUUCUUAUUACUUGUGUGCUAAGGUCGUUUCUGGAUGACUGAUUCUGCACUGCUUCUCAGCGCUGGUCUCGUUGGAACUUUAUUUAAUCAUAGGAUUAAUCAAGGGCAAUUUUGAAGGUGAACUAGUAAUUAUUUAUCAUUUCCAUUUUGCCUCUGAAGACAAGAAAUUAAAUUUAAUGAUAUUAUUAUAAAUGAGUAGUUUAUUUAUUACCGUGUACUGUUAGCUGAAUUAAUACCAGUGAGCAAUGGGUUGCAUAUUUAAGGAAAGGGCUGAUCUUUUCGAGGGCAGACCAUUCAAAAGUUGUUGUGUUGGAGGGUGAAGUUUACUUUGCUUUACUACUUCUUUCCAGCUUCAUUUUUUCAUUCAUUUUUGUGUGCAAGACUUGAUUAUGAUCACAGCUUUCUGCAAGCUGUGCAUGCAUUAUAUUAUUAUUAUUUUUUUGCCUUGGGCGAUUGACCCUUGCACUUAUUUCUUUAGGCACUUACCCUCCUAACUACAAUUGUCUACUACUGCUCGUCUUUCAAUACUGUACUGUGAUUAGUAUCUGCUUGUGUUUUGAUGUGUUCCUUGACACCCGGUGACCAAAGCCUUUCUUGUGUUUUUUGGUCCUCAUUGCAAGUUGCAGAAAAAAAAAAGAAUUCGACAUGUGUCCGUUAG